GAUUUAUCUGUGAAAAUGACUAAAAAAACCCCACAACUUCUACUGGAUAAAAGGAGUUUCUGGAAAAGAUUCUCCAUUAAAGAACGGAGUGAGAUGGAGAUGAUAUAUAGAUUCUCAAAUCGAUUAUCUCCAAUCUCAAUAGCUGAUAAAUGCUUCAGAAAUUCAAUAAACAAACAAUUCAUUAGAACCCCAAUUCUGGGUUCUCGUCUAAUUCAAGAAAAAUCAUUCAAAUCCAAGGUUUUAGACCUUAAAACACCAGCAUUCAAUGGCAAAACUAACUUGAUCACUUCAAAACCCUUUUCUUCUUCUACUUCUUCUUCUAUUGCUGCUAAAGCAGGUUGGUUACUGGGUUUAACAGGAGAAAAGAAACAAAUCUUACCAGAGAUUGUUAAAGCUGGAGAUCCUGUUCUUCAUGAACCUGCUCGUGAUGUUUCUGUUGAUGAAAUUGGGUCUGAAAAGAUUGAAAGAAUUAUUGAUAAUAUGAUUAAAGUCAUGAGACAAGCACCUGGUGUUGGUCUUGCUGCUCCUCAGAUUGGCAUUCCAUUAAAGAUUAUUGUUUUGGAAGAUACAAAAGAGUAUAUUGGUUAUGCUCCAAAGCAGGAUAUCAAAGAACAAGAUAGACGCGUUUUUGAUCUUCUGGUCAUACUGAACCCCAAGCUUGAAAAGAAAGGCAGCAAGACUGCGUUGUUCUUUGAAGGCUGCCUGAGUGUUGACGGCUUUAGGGCAGUGGUUGAGCGUCACCUUGAGGUGGAAGUUACAGGUUUAGGACGUGAUGGCAAGCCGUUGAAAGUAAAAGCUUCAGGUUGGCAGGCUCGAAUACUACAACAUGAGUGUGAUCAUCUAGAUGGCACAAUUUAUGUUGAUAAAAUGGUUCCAAGAACAUUCAGAACUGUGGAGAACCUGGAGUUGCCUCUUCCGGCUGCAGUCCCUAAACUCGGAGUGCUCAACUCAUAGGUGGGAAUUUCUGUGAAACAUUGUUGCACUAAAUUUUUGUCAUUUUUUCGUUGUAAUUGUGAAAAUUCAGCUCCAUAAACCUCUACUCUAUGUUGCCUUUUCGUUGUAAUUGUUGAGAAUUCAGCUCCAUAAACGAGAAACCUGGAUUAUGAGUCUAGGUUGUUUCUCGUUUUCUUUCA